UCUCGUUUGCCACCGGACGAGGGCCAAGAAAAACAUAGUUAAUCGCCAUUAUAUGAUCCAGUUUACAGUGUCACUAUUACCCUCCAUGUGGGUGAGGGAAUUGUGUGUGUCAGACUAUGGCGAGAAAAACAGUUAGCAGGAAAAGGAAAGCAGGGGAGCCCAAAGACCAACAACAGUUGGGCUGGUGUCAGUCUGCCCCCAAGCGGAGUCGCGUUUCUUCAUCUUCGCGCCAUGCCCAUCAGUGGUGGGGCAGCCGGAGCUCGGUGGUGUGUGCCCUUCGAGGGCGUGAAUUUCGGCCACAGCAGCAACAUGAGUUGCGGCUUCAGCGGAGCCUCCGGGGGUUUGCCGCUGGCCGGCUCCCAGGCAUCCUCAAGGAGAGGGAGUUCUCUCUGAGCCGCCUCAACAAGGUGUUUGCCUCGCAGUGGCUCAACCACCGCCAGGUGGUGUGUGGGACCAAGUGUAACACGCUCUUUGUAGCGGAUGUCCUUACCGGGCAGAUUACCCGUAUUCCAAUGCUGAAAGACCGGGAGUGUCCCAGCGGAGGCUCCGGGGUAGUGGGCGCUGGCGCCGCCGUCGGCAGCCACCUACUUCCAACUGCGGGCUCUCGGUCCAGGCUUGACCAACAGGGCUGUGGUAUUCACGCCAUUGAGCUGAACCCCUCGAGGACACUCCUCGCCACAGGAGGGGACAACCCUAACAGCCUGGCCGUCUACCGCCUGCCCACAUUGGACCCAGUUUGUGUCGGAGAUGAUGGCCACAAUGACUGGAUUUUCUCAAUAGCAUGGAUAAGUGACAGCAUGGCUGUUUCUGGUUCCAGGGAUGGCUCCAUGGGCCUGUGGGAGGUGACUGAGGACGUGCUUGGCCAGGCUGAGAGGAGUCAGGAAGCGGUGCCCUGCUACUCCCACAUCUCCCACAGGGCACUCAAGGACAUCCCCAAGGAGUACACAAACCCGUACAACUGUAAGGUCCGAGCGCUGGCCUUCAACAAUAACCACAAGGAGUUAGGUGCUGUAUCUUUGGACGGCUACUUUCACCUCUGGAAGGCUGAGCAUAACCUGUGCAAGCUGCUGUCCACCAAGCUCCCCCACUGCAAGGAGAACGUGUGUCUGGCGUACGGACAGGACUGGUCAGUGUAUGCAGUCGGCUCACAGGCUCACGUCUCUUUCCUGGAUCCUCGACAGCCAACACAGAGCAUCAAGUCUGUCAACUCCAGGGAGAGGGGAAGUGGGAUUCGAUCUGUGAGUUUCUACGAACACAUAGUGACGGUGGGCACCGGCCAAGGCUCCCUCCUCUUCUACGACAUACGGGCCCAGAGAUUCCUGGAAGACCCCCUGAACCCGGCCGGCGGGUACCGGCAGCGCCCAGGAGAAGGAACCCUCAAGCUCACCACAGGGAAGGGCUGGCUGAAUCAUGAUGAAACGUGGAGGAGCUACUUCUCGGACAUCCACUCGUUCCCCAACGCCGUCUACACCCACUGCUAUGACGACUCCGGCACCAAGCUGUUUGUGGCCGGUGGUCCGCUCUGCUCCGGCUUGCAUGGGAACUACGCAGGGCUCUGGAGCUAGAAACUGCUCUCCCUGUCCCUGUCUCAUCCCUUGGUCCUCCUGUGGCUCUUUGACUUCUCAUUCAGACCUUCCCUCGCUCCCCCCCCCUCCUCCUCCUGCAGCUUGGACCCUUGACCCUCCGCGGUUUCACCUCCCCUAUUUAAUCUUUCCCGUUUGGCCUUUUUAUCACACGUAGACUCAGGAGCACAAUCCUACUCCCUAAUGUAUGAUGGCGUUCUCUUUUUUUUUUUUUCCCAAUUGCGCUAUAGCAUGGUGAACCUUGUUUUCUGGAUCCACCAUUUGCAAGGCCACACUUCUCCAUCAAGUCCUUGAAAUUCCUACUGUUUAGGUGCUUUUUCUUUUCAUUGUACAGGUGUAAAGACAAUUUAACCAGUGAAUUCUGAAGAGCUGCGGGGUCACCUCUGAGAAACACACAAGAGAGUUGCGAAUAAAAAUACGAAGAAUAAAGAUAUAUAUAUAAGUAUAUAUAUCUAUAUAUAUCUCUAUACGUUUUUCACCAUUCACUACCUUGAUAAAAGAAUUGUAGAAACUGGUCUACAUCAAAAAAAGAAUCAGUGUUCAAGGGGUUUUAUGUGCAACUAGUGACACAACUGUCUCUUUACACACUCUGGUUACUCUUGGCAGUUCUUCAUUUCUCCCAUCAAAAUGUAUACAUUUUAAAAGGAGAGGAAUAGUUUGUUUUCAACAUUUAACUGGAGGGCACUUGGGACUUGAUAGAUUGGCUGGAUUGCGCAGAACUGUUUGAAAUAUGUUUAUAUUCUCCAUAAAUCAUACCAGUCAAGUGAACAAUUAAUUUUCUCGCUCUAAGAUAAUGGCAGUACCAACUUAUUGCUAAAUAUGUAGGAAUUCUUCAAUUAAUUAUCAAAGCCAAUGUUUUUUUUUGUGUGUGCGUGUGUGUAAUUUGAAAACCCUGGCCGUUUAUAUUUUUGUGAGGUUUAUUUAUUUUUCCCCACUGUCACCCUUGUUGAUAUGGUAAGCGCUGUGGAAUCCGCCACUUAACUUAAGGUUCAACGGCUUAAUUGACUACUGCGUGUUAGUGUCAUCAAUUUAAUCCAAUGAAAGCUCUCAUUGGGAUAAGCAUAGACAAAGCCAAAAACAGACUAUCAUUAAUUGUUUAAAUUCCUCUGAAGUCUGGCAUUUGUAAGGGGGUUCCAUCCCUUCUGAUCUGAGCAUCCGUGCAAUGUUCUCUUGUUAGUCGAUUAAAAGAUUUUAUUUCUUUUUCCUUUAUUUUUUAUCAAGGAAUCAAGCAUUCCUUGAUAAACAGAGGCAGGGUAAACAUCGGCCUUCCUGAAGUCUUUCUGUGAAAGACUGGUAGGGUAACAUAGGUUUGCCUUUCUACAUUGACCUUUCAUCCAUAGGUUUCAUAACAAUAAUGCCAUGUAGAAAACAGAACCCUAAUAAGGACAAAGUUGAACAAAGAACACCCCAUCACCAUUAAAGCGUAUUUUAUAUGUGUGUUAAAUGCAUACGGUGAAAUGCAUACAUUUUAUGGAUCUGUCUGAGAAACACUGUGGAUUGACCUGUGUUUAAAUUGGUGGUGCCCUCAUUUUUUUAUACACACAUGAUUGUUUUUACAAAUGACUGAAUCAGUGGAUAUCGUAUAUCAACAUCUGAGAACCAACCUAAAAGAAAGUAAAUAUUGAGGAUAAUAAAAGUAUAUUGAUGUAAAAUCUCUGUCUGCCUAUCUUAUUCUCCAUGCACCAUAUCAUGUUUUCUAAGACAU